AUUGCAAUGAAUUGUGGGUUAUUUUUAUCAGGCAAGUGCCGAGCAGACUCUCCCCGUAAAUUUAGACAAUCACAGCCCAGUGGUACGAGGAUACACACAGAUAAUGUCACGAUUCAAAAGACCGAAGGCGGACUCUCUUGCGGGCUUUAGGACGGAAAAGACCGAGCCGACUGUUCCUUUAGGUCUGCUGAAGGCUGCGAGGAAAAGCGGCCAGCUGAACCUGACCGGCCGAGGUCUGACCGAAGUCCCACAGAAUGUGUAUCGUCUAAACACUGACACGCCAGAGGAGGCCCAGCAGAAUGUGUCCUUCGGAGAGUCGGAUCGAUGGUGGGAACAGUCUGACCUUACCAAACUGCUGCUCUCAUCCAAUCAGAUUACACAACUGACUGAUGACAUUAAACUACUGCCUGGACUCACCAUGCUGGAUCUCCAUGAUAACCAACUGAGCAGUUUGUCUGGUGCUUUGGGAGAACUACAGGAGCUCCAGCAACUGCGACUCAGUCAUAACCGUUUGAGAUCACUGCCAGUGGAGGUGUGUACUCUGAAGAACCUCUUCAGCCUCACACUCCAGCAGAACCUGAUGGAGAGCCUGCCAGAGGAACUGGGACAGCUGGAGAAUCUUACAGAGCUGGACCUGUCCUACAACCAUUUGACGGUCCUGCCAUCCAGCCUUGGCCAUCUUAACUGUCUGCAGAAACUGAACCUGAGUCACAACAAGCUCAGGUGUCUGCCUGACAGCCUGGCCCAGCUCACAAAUGUGAAACUGUUGGACUGCAGCAAUAACCAUCUGACUGACAUUCCUGCAAGCUUAUCAGAAAUGCGUGCUAUGGAACAGCUUUACCUCAGACACAACAAGCUCCGUCUCCUCCCAAAGCUUCCUGCACCCAUGCUCAAGGAAUUGUAUGUUGGGAACAACCAGAUUGAGCAGUUGGAGGCGGAGCAGCUGGCCUGCCUGACGUCCAUCUCUCUUCUAGAACUCCGAGACAAUAAGAUCAAAAUCCUCCCUGAAGAGAUCACCUCACUGAGCACACUCACACGCCUCGACCUUACCAACAAUGACAUUACUAUUCUUCCAGCAUCUCUCAGCCUGCUGCCCAAUCUGAACAUGUUGCUGUUGGAGGGAAACCCUCUGCGAGGAAUCAGGAGAGACUUACUCACUAAAGGAACCAGUGAGCUUCUGAAAUACUUAAGAGGAAGAAUUAAAGAGGAACCCGAGGGAGCAGUUGAAGUCCAUACAGCUAUGACGUUACCCAGCCAGGCCAGGGUCAAUGUACAUGACAUUAAAGCUCUGAAGCUAUUGGUGUACAGUGAGAAGCAGGCAUCUAACAUUCCAGAUGAGCUGUUUGAUGCUGCAGCAGAUCAAGGUGUUACCACUGCUAACUUCAGCAAGAACCAGCUGACCUCCAUACCUUCUAGACUGGUGGAGUUUCAAUCUUCAAUGACAGAAAUCAAUCUGGGUUUCAACAGACUGACCUGCUGUUCUCCUGACAUCUGCAAGUUGCUGCAGCUGAUACACAUCGACUUUGGGAAUAAUCAGCUGAGUGAUUUACUACCUGAACUGAAGAACUUAACUAAACUACGCUCCAUUAUCCUCAAUAACAACAGGUUCAAGUCCUUCCCUGAUGUCCUCUAUCAGAUGGUUUCCUUGGAGACGGUGUUGCUUAGUGGCAACCAAGUGAAUGAGGUGGACCCAUGCCGUCUGAUCAAGUUGGUUCAUCUGUCAACGCUGGAUCUUUCAAACAAUGACCUGCUGAAAAUCCCCCCUGAACUGGGCCUGUGUACAAGCCUCAGGUGUCUGAGUCUGGAAGGGAAUCCUUUCCGUACUCCCAGAGCAGCCAUCGUGACCAAAGGAACAGAUGCAGUGUUGGAGUACCUUCGCAGCCGAAUGCCAACAUGACCAUGACCCCUGACAUUAGCUGAGACACUUUCACUGCCAUAAUCAACACUGAUCUUUUUUUUUAGCACAGACCUCUUAAAACAAUAUAUCAACUGCAAGUUAUCGAUGUAAACCAAAUUAAGUUUUGUCAGCAAACUGUUGGCAAUUAUGCAUGUGUUCCCUUUUAAAAUAUAAUUUUAAAAAAUAGAUAUCAUUUAUGAAUAUCAUUUAAAUAAAUGAUUGAUAUUUAGUUGUCUUUGCCCUGCCUGUUUAGUCAAGUGACCUGUGGUUUACUGACCUUUUAUUAUCCAUCAUAUUCUAAGUUGAAUCAGAAUGGGGGACUGAUGCUGUUGCAUAACAUGGUUCAUGUGCCUCUUUCUUUAAUGUCUUUCUUCAGUGACUUGUUUAUAAUUAAAUCAACCAUAAACUUUAUGGAAUCACCUAUA